AUGGACGGACUGACAGACAGACAGGAGGAUGCCGCUGUUAUCAUCGUUGGGAACGAGGCUGAGAGUAUGCCGGGGCAGGAGGAGACGCCGGCAGCAGCUGGACACAACCACCUGGACACUUGCCCCGUUUGUCAUCUAAACUUUCACAGCCGAGAACCUAAACUUCUGCCCUGUCUUCACUCUUUUUGUCAAAAAUGUAUGCCUCCACCUUCCAGGCAUUUGGCCAUGGCAGAGCCGCCACGCGCCCAGGUUGACAGCGCCACGAAACCACUCAAUGUGAUCCGCUGUCCGGUGUGCAGGCAGGAGUGUAUGGAGGCAGAUGUGAUGGAAAACGUCUUUGUGAAGGAUUCAGCAGAAGCUCCGAGCAGCACUGUGGAGAGAACAGCUCAGUUGUGUAUGACUUGUGAUGACAACACAGAAGCUGCUGGAUUUUGUGUGGACUGCGUCGAAUAUCUCUGUACCACCUGCGUUGAGGCUCACCAAAGAGUCAAAUUCACCAAAGACCACACCAUCAGACAGAAGACGGAAAUAUCACAAGAAGUCCAUGGCAUGUCAACUCAGAGGCCGAUGUUCUGUGACGUCCACAAACAGGAGCCGCUGAAGCUGUUCUGUGAGACCUGUGACCUGUUAACCUGUCGUGACUGCCAGCUGGUCAAGCACAAGGACCAUAAUUACCAGUUCCUGGAAGAUGCUUAUAAAAACCACAAACAGCACAUGGAGACCAUGACUCAUCAGCUGCAGGAGAAGAAAAAGGUCAUUGAAGAGGUGUCAAACGCCAUAAAAAAUGGGCUACUUCAAGUCAAUCAAAACCGCACAUCUGUUUACAAUGAGAUAAAGAGGUCCAUCUGCAGUUUGAUUCUGGAGAUAAACAAAAAGGGAAAGAUGCUAGUUAGUCAACUAGAGGCUGUAACAAAGGAUCACGAGAGUGUCUUACGAAAACAGCAGGAGGACAUUGGCUAUCUCUCAAGACACCUGGAUCACGUCAUCAGCUUCACCAAAUGGGCCACUGCCAGAAAUGGGGGCACGGCCCUGUUGUACUGUAAACGACUGAUUCUGUACCAGAUUGGAAAUCUCCUGCAGGCGAAAUGCAGUACAUCAUUCAUACCACAGAGUACAGUACAGUUCCAGUGUCGAUCCUCUUACUGGGCCUCCAAUGUUGAUUUAGGCUCUUUAGUUGUGGAGAGUGUACCAGGCCACCAGCAGGGGGGCUUUCAGGGCAUCCUCCAUCAGCCUUCCCAGCCUGGGCAGGGCCCCUCAGGCUCACCCCACAGCUUUGCCCUGGGAGCCUCACAUAACACUCUGGCUCAGCUCCAGAUGCAGGUAGACAGGCUGAACCCGCAGGCCCACUGGCAGUCCAGGCCACCACCUCCACCAUGGACGUGGUAUCAGAGUGUUCGACUUCAGCGAACGGUACCGAGGCCCCUGCAGGGAGCCUCCCCCUCCCGUGUGUCUCCACAGCUGGGUCGCAGGUUCAUGGCACCUCCUCCUAACCACGUCAGCCCGACUAGUAGCCUACCAAGCCCUGGGUUUACACCCCAGCCCUUGAUGACAAUAGGAAGCCGUUCCAGCUAUCAGUCUAAACCUAUUGAUAUAUUGUUCUCUUUACCUUUGUGUAACCAUAUUGACCCACUGCCCAUCAAUGGUAACAUGACUUCACAUCAGUCACAACAGACGAUGGAUCCCAUAUACAUAAACAGGAGGAAUGAUGCAGAUGGUCAUCCAGUAUAUCUUCUGAGGCCAAAUUAUCCCCAGAGUCUACCAGUUUCUUUGCCACACAGACACAUGCAAGGGGAGCAGAGCUCUUCAGGGUAUGUUGCUGUGUCUAUGGAGGAGAAACCAGGGACUGUUUCCUGGAAACCUCCAGAAACACAGCAAGCUAAUGGAGCAGUGGACUCAGCAAUCAGGAAACGACGACGGUCUUCACCAGGACCCAUCAUUAACAUCAAGGACGAGCCAGAUGAUGACAGUAGCUACGUACAAGCUAACCAGAGAGCCAGCCUUCCCGACAGCACAGGUGACCAACUUCAGAUAAAUGCCCAAGUGGAAGAAAACAAAGUCCCUUUACCUCUCCAAAGCUCAGACGAAAACCCCCAAAGCCAAAGUGAGACUACUCCAAAACACAUCCGUUCACCAGGACAACACGAGGUAAACAAGCAUCAUGCUCAGCUGGAGGACGCUAAUGAAGCCUUGUGUGCUGUGUGUCGGACUGGAGGGGAGCUGCUGAGUUGUGAUAAGUGUCCCAAAGUGUUUCACCUGAAGUGUCACGUUCCAAGUCUCCUCAAUUCUCCCAGUGGGAGCUGGUUUUGUUCUCUCUGUCGUGCUUUGUUAGCGCCUGAAAUGGAGUAUGACUGUGAUAACCAGCCUGAAGCCAAAAAAGUAAAGAAGGAGCCCGAUUCUGAGGGAGGAAUCCUCUGUGUGGACAAACGAAAGUGUGAGAGGCUGUUGCUGCACUUGUUUUGCAGUGAACUGAGCUCAGAGUUCUGUGAGCCCGCGGCCCCCCCGGUCUGUGCUACAAACAGGAUGACUUUAAAGGGACCAACUAAUCUUUCCAGUGUGAAAAAACGACUGGAGGCGAAGCAGGGUGUGUGCUAUAAAAGUCCUGCCGACUUUGUAGCAGACAUCAGGUUCAUCUUUGGGAACUGUUCAGUCCUCAGUGAGGCUGAUGCUGAGGUGACCUCAGCCAGCAACAAACUUAAAGAGUCAUUUGAAGAGCAGCUGAGGAUCAUCUACCCCGACCACACAUUUCCAGAAAUAAAAACGGAGACGGCAGCUUCUGAUCCUCCUGAUUGUCAUGGAACUUCUGUUGAAAAUACACCCCAACCCGCUGAAAAUCAACACAAAUGCUCAGAACAUCCCAGUAGAGGAGUGUGAAAUGGAAAAAAAAAACAUCUAAACCAUUGUCCACGGUAGUGUCUGGAUAAAAUAAAGUGCAGUAAAAGUAAUAAUGAACAUUUAUAUCCACCGGUACCUUCAGGAAGGAUGACAAUCACAAACUUUGAUGUUUUUUCUUUGUUUUUCAAGCUAGCUUUCAAGGUCAGUAAAAUGAAAACAGAAAUCUAAUGGAUACAAAAUGUUGCUUCGUCAUAUAUUUCUACUUUGUCUAAUUUAUUUGGUUUUUAUAUUUGAGAUUCAGUAUUGAAUUUUAUUCAGUUUUGUUACUGUAUUUAUUUACGUUUGUGUUAUUUUUUACAUGCUUUCCUUUACACACCAUUGCCACUGUUAAAACCUGUAGUCAUAAACAUACUCACAUGCAUUACAUUUCAAUAAAGCAUCAGAAUCAGCUUCAGUAAUGAUUAUUUAUUGUCGAGCACAAGCACAUUCUGGAUAUUCUGCAUUCAGUUUGGCUAUUAUUCAGUUUCUUCCUACUCCUUUUUGGACAUAAG